AUGGCCCAAGCUAAAAGUUUUUUCGAUGACGUGAAAAAGGAAAUAGAAUGCCCAGUGUGUCAGGAGCAAUUCGGCGCAAACAAGCAACCGAAAAUUCUCAAAUGCCUUCAUACCUUUUGCAAAUCAUGCUUGGACGGAUGGCUUCGACAACAUCGCACAGGCGCCUUAAGUUGUCCUACUUGCCGGACAGUAACUGAGUGCCCCAACAAUGACAUCGACAGUCUUCCGUCCAACCUGUUUUACAAACAAAUGGUGGAAAUUGUGGAGGCAUACACAGGCCAAGAAGAAUCAUCAUGUUGCGGGAAAUGCGACGAACAAAAAUCGCUGAGGUUUUACUGCUCCAAUUGCAACUGUUUACUGUGCGAAGAAUGCGCUGCACUGCACAAGAAAUGGAAGGAUUUCAGAGGCCAUCAGCUCAAGGAAAUUGGACAACUUCAGUCCAGUGAUGUAGAGGACUACUCUCGAAGAACGAACGUCUGCAAGGAACACGAUGACGAAUUUAGAUUUUUCUGCGACGCAUGUCAAAUUUGCAUUUGUCGUGACUGCGCCAUAUUAGACCACGACGACCACAAGAAAAUUUCGCUAGAGAAAGGACUAGAAAAUAAGACAACUGAAAUUGAGAAUAAGAUACGAGAGGUUCAGGCAAACGGAUCUCACUUGAGAAACAAAAAGGAAUCUCUAGAGAAACGUAGAAUCAAGGUAAUGAACAGCUUUGAGCGAGCAACAAACAGUGUACGUACGGUUGCAGAACAGUGGAUUACAUUUAUUCGCAAGCAUGAAGCAGACAUAACAGAAAAGUUAAUGAAGCAGAAAGACGCAUUUGAGGCUGAAUUUUCAAACCAGAUGUCGAGCUUGGAUGGAAGAGUGGUGGAAAUCGAAAGCAGCCUCGAUUUUGGCGAGGAAAUUCUCUCUCGUAGAAAUCUACCAGAAAUUUUAAAUGUUGAAGAAAUGUUGGAGAACAGGCUGCAAGAACUCUCCGUACCCUUUGAGCCAACACUGGUCUUCCCUGAAGUUGUGUACAGUUCAAAUGAUUUCAGUUGCUUGAAAGACGGACCUGGAAAGCUGAUAAGGACGGUUACAGAACCUACGGUAUCUGUUGCAGAAGGUCGUGGUUUGAAUGAGGCCAUUGAAGGAGAGGAGAGCACAUUUACUGUGAUUACAAAAGAUAUCAGGGGACAAAUAGUUUAUAGCGAAAUCGAUCAGGUCAAUGUUGAAAUAAUCUCCAUCAAUACGAUGGGAAUUUUGACAGCCAGCGUGACAGACUCUAAAAAUGGUCGAUAUCAAGUAAAGUACAGAAGUGAAACAGCAGAUGACUUCAAAAUAUCUGUUACAGUCCGAGGUGAAGCCAUCAAAGACAGUCCAUUUAGAUUACGAGUGAGAAAGAGAGAGACAUUCCUUCAGUUCCACAGCGAUGAGAUAACUUCUAGGAAAACUGGAAUGAAAGCUGAGCCAAAGAAAUCUAAAACGACAGUUUUCAAACCUUGA